AUGAAUGAAUCUUGCAACCUUUGUCUUAAUUUUGCAAGAUAAAGAAGAAAAAAAAUUAUUUGAUAAUUGAAUCCGCCUCCCCAGUCGUGACUUAAAGCAUCCAUCCGUACGCAUCCAUAAAGUCCCAACUGUCUGGACCUGGCCCACCUAUUAAUCUCUCCUCCAUUUGAUUCCUGGCUACGCUCAUUCACACCUCCUGCGGCUCGACCUGGUUCUUUAUUUCAACUCGUGUUAGGUCAGCUCCAUCAAUUGUAACGAGACAGCAGCCUCAAUCCCUCUUCAAUGCUCCUCCAUGCCCCAAUUCCCCUCCAUGCAUAAUUGCAUAUGGCUUCUCUUAUGCUCCAUACACCUUCCAUCACCUGUCCCUCUCUUCAAAGAAAUUAUAAGACCAUGCACUUCCAUUACCAUACACCCAUAGAAACACCUGCGGCUCUCUCUCUUUCUCCUCUCCUCUUGGUUCCGGCAAGCUGCAGCCAUGCGAUCUACAAUCCAGUUCCUCAGGAUCUCCAUGUUCACCCUGUUAGCGCUGACCAUUAUAAUCCACACCAUGCUUCCUUCCAUCCCGAGUUCGCUGCUUAGCCCAGACGUGCUUCUCUUCCUCUCCGACUACAAGGUGGCCCUCCUCUCCCUCCUCUGGUGCACCACCGUCGCCCUCGUCGCCUACCUGUCGACCCGGCCCCUCCCCGUCCUCCUCGUCGACUACACCUGCUUCAAGCCCGACCACGACCGUCGGUGCAGCUUGGAGGUGUGCGAGUACGUCGGCCUGCGCAGCCGCCGCUUCUCCCCGAGCAGCCAGGACUUCAUGCGUGCCAUCUUCAGCAAGUCCGGCCUCGGGGACGAGACCUACGCCCCGCUGUACCUCUUCCAGACCGACUACGGUGCCCAGUUCCAGUAUGCCAUCCUCGAGGCCGAGGAAGGCAUGUUCUCCGCGGUGGCCUCCCUCCUUGCAAAGACCGCCGUCGACCCCUCCCGCAUCACCGUCCUGGUCGUCGCCUGCAGCAUGUUCGCCCCAUCCCCCUCCUUCUCCUCCCUCAUCGUCCACCACUUCAAGCUGCCCCCCUCCGUCAAAACAUUCAACCUCGCCGGCAUGGGCUGCAGCGCCGGCACCAUGUCCAUCGAGCUCGCCGCCAAGAUCCUCCGCCGCCGGGUCGGCUACGCUCUUAUAGUCGUCACCGAGAGCACCAGCCUCAACUGGUACUUCGGCAACAACCGCCACAUGCUGGUGACCAACUGCAUCUUCCGGGCGGGGACCGCCGCGGCGCUCCUAACCAGCGACCCCGCCCGGCUGGGCGCCGCCAAGAUGGAGCUGGUCCGCACCCUCCGCACCCACCACGGCGCCGACGACGCGGCCUACAACGCCGCCGUCCAGAUGGAAGACGAGGACGGCAACGUCGGCGUCGCGCUCACCAAGGACUUGGUCCGGGUGGCCGGCGCCGGUCUCAAGGCCCACAUCUCCACCCUCGCCCCCCGAGUCCUCCCGGUCUCCGAGCUUCUCCGGCACGUCUACAACGUGACGAGGUCGUUCAAGGCGGGGGACCGGAAGGCGGUGCACGUGCCGGACUUCACCAAGGCGUUCGAGCACAUGUGCAUCCACGCAGGCGGGAAGGCGGUGAUCGACGCGGUGGAGAAGAUAAUGCGGUUCAGCCACGGCGUGACGGAGCCGGCCCGGAUGUGCCUGCACCGGUUCGGGAACACGUCGAGCAGCUUGGUCUUCUACGAGCUGGCCUACUUCGAGGCCAAGGGCAGGAUAAAGAAGGGGGAUAGGGUGUGGAUGCUGGCGUUCGGGACGGGGUUCAAGGCCUGCAGUGUGAUGUGGAGGGCGUUGAGAGACUCCGGCAUGGACCCGGACAAUCCAUGGAAGGAUUGCAUCCAUAGGUAUCCAGUGGUGUAGCGGCUCACUCCAAUUAAUGGGACCCCCGCUAUCCUAUCCGGAAUAUCAUCUACUAUAUAUCCAUGCAUCUGUCAACAUCAGAAACAGCAUGGAAGGAAUGAAUGGAUUCUUUGUUAAUUUCUUGAGCGGGUGCGAUAUAAAUGCAUGGGAGUGUUGCUGUUGCUAGAUCCACAAAGGAUUUUUGUAUGUGUUAACACGGGACACAUGGGUACAUGUGCUCCUUAUGUUCUUCGCAGUCCUAGUAUGGUAGGUAUGCAUGCAUACGAACUGAUCUACAUUUAUGAAUCACAGUCCGAGUUGGUUGAA